GGCGCAGCGCGGGCCAUGGAGCCGGGCGGGGAGGAGCUGAUGCCGCGCCUGCUGCCCGUGGACGACUGCGACCUGGCCGAGGACUUCGACCCCACGGUGCCGCCCAGGACGCCGCAGGAGUACUUGAAGCGCGUGCAACCAUAGGUUUUGUGAGUGGUUCUUUAAAGCUCGUCCAUUCGUAUUUCGUGUUUCACCUAUGGACACCCAGGAGUGAUGGUGCUCCCCUGUUCCUUAUCUGAGAUUUCGUCCCUGUCUGAGGUGCAGAUGUUAUCCAGAGGGAUCUGGACAGGGAUUGAAGCAGCUCGAUGCCCAGAUGUGGUUGUGGCAAAAAUUGAUCCCAAAAAGCUGAGCAAGAAGCGAACAGUAAACGUCUCAAUUUCUGGAUGCCAGCCUGCUCCGGAAGGAUACUCUCCCACACUCAAGUGGCAGCAGCAGCAAGUGGCCAAUUUCUCAGCCGUUCGUCAGAGCCUGAACAAGCACAGAAAUCACUGGCGGUCGCAAAAUUUGGACAAUAAUGUUACUAUGCCAAAAUCAGAGGAUGAAGAAGGCUGGAAGAAGUUCUGCCUGGGUGAAAGAGUAUACUCAGAAAUAGAUGCACUAUCUGAUAAUGAAAAUCUAGGAAUUGAUUACAUAAAGGUGGGAUUUCCCCCUUUGCUAAGUAUUGUAAGCAGAAUGAGCCAGGCCACAGUAACCACUGUCUUAGAAUACUUGAUAAGCUGGUUUGGAGAGAAGAAAUUUACUCCAGAACUGGGUAGGUGGCUUUAUGCACUGUUGGCAUGUCUAGAAAAACCUUUGCUACCUGAAGCUCACUCCCUUAUUCGACAGCUGGCAAGACGAUGCUCAGAAGUUAGAGUGCUAGAGGAGAACAAGAAUGAAGAACAAAUAUCAGCUCUGAACCUGAUAAUCUGCUUAGUUAGCAGGUAUUUCGAUCAACGUGACUUGGCUGAUGAGCCUUCCUAAACUGUUUUGAGAAUGUCAGGUAUUUUGUGCUGCCUUGGUACAACCAGCAUUGUCAGAGGUAACAGCAAGAUACUGCACCGUUCAGUCCUGAAGUACUAUGCAGCCCCUGCAGAACACCCUCAAGAUCAUGCAUUUGGGGUAGCUAUGAAUAAUUUCAGCUGAGCUGUAGCGUGAGAUUGUUAAUGUCUCAAAUAUCAUCAUUGUCAUCAUCAAAUGGUCAACAAAACAUCUAGCAUCAUCUCUCAAGCUACGGUCUCUGCAAACUACAUUCUUGGUUAGAAAUUUCAACCAUCUGAGUAAUCCUGUGGACACUGCUAUUAGGUGAAGUCUGAGGUUACAUUGUAAAUGACUGUUCUUUUUUCUAACCCACACCUAUGGAGGGCUUUUAUUAAUAAAAGCAUUUUAAAGAGUGUUUCUAAACAUUGUGACUUCUCUCCUGCAGUGUUGUAUUUAAAAGCAUCCUUAGUAUGGAAAUCUAUACAACUAAGACCAAAUGUGUUUCUUCAAGCUUUGGUCCCAGAGCUCAAGCAUUGCUAAACAGUUCAACUAUAGCCAGUGAUUUACUGAAGCAAUUAUUUUAGUAAAACAAAAUAUGACUGCUUCCUGAGUAGUAAUACUAUUUUGAGUAAACAGUUGCAGAAACUGGUGAAAAUUACACAGCUGUAGUCAGUGCUUUUAAAUAGAAGCAUUUAUUAAACAGAAUGAACAAAUUUAUUUUCUGUGGGGUAUCGUGACAAAUAUAUUAGCUCACAUAUUUAUAUAUAUAUAACAUGGAGUGCUUCAUCAGGAGUAUCAGCAGCUGCUGGGUAUGUACAGGACUCCCUCUAGUUCUAAUUAUCUUCAACAAUUAAAAUUCCGUGUUAAAGGAACCAUGAAUUCUGCUGAUAGCAACUAACUGAUACACAGUAUUAACUGACAUUUGCUUUCCACUUACUGUAGAAUCUAAGUCCCUCGCUGUUAAAAAUCAAAAUUAAACACAACCAGUUCCUGAGAAGCCUUUAAUAUAUCUUUGAAUGACUGGCACUUUUGCAGCUGGAGUAGUAGUCAACUGCCAAGGGAAAAAAGAAAAUCCAAGUGAA